AUGGCUUCAAAUUCAGAGGCUGUUGCCUCCGUCACCGGCAGCGAGGGCCUUCUUCAACGUUCCUUUUCCAUUCGAGCUCCUCUUACCGUUGACGACUCUGAUUCUGAUUUCGAAGUUUCAAGCGACGCCACACUCUCUGACACCGCAUCUCACUCCGACUCCGACGAUGACCCCCAAACGCAAAACCCUCCGGUAGCUGAGGCUGACCCAGAAGCACAUUAUCAUUCCUCUGAACAAGAAUAUGAAGAAGAAGGGUCUUUUGAAGCUGAUGAGUACUCCCCUCUUGUGGAAUCACCUGGUUCGCAUGGUGGUAUUCCAUUGCGGGUUGCGCCUUUUGCUCAAUUGUCUACCUACGACGAUGACACGAGCAGUGAUGGAAUGUCUAGUGCUUCGAGAAUGGCGGAGGAUUCUGUUGGUGUGCACAGGCUCAAGGUGCGGAACGUGGAUGAUGAAGAAGAUGAUGAUGAUGCUGAGACUGAGACUGAAUUUGAAGCAAAUGAGCUGGCGUUUUGCAGUGAUUCGGGUUCUGAUAGUUACAGUGAAGCUGAAAAUGAUGGUGCAGAUGUUAGGAUUGAUGAGGUAGUGGCUGUGGAUGAGCAUGGUUUGGGUGAAGUUGUUGGAAUUAGAGUAGCUCAGGAUGGAUACUCUACUUCAAACAAUGCAGAUGUGAUGUCGCAGUGUUCGCAAGAAAGUGUGAACAAUGAGGAAUUUGGCAAUGUAAGAGGUGGAUUUGAAGAAUUGGAGAAAGAUGGUAGGGAACUAUAUGAGGGAAUUGCUACUGGGUUGAUUGGAACUGAUGUGAGGAAAUUGGAGGUUGGCACCAAUGACCCCACUGAUAUGGUGGAAGAAACUUCAAUCAUGGUUGAUGACACUGGCUCAUUGAAGUUCAAUGCUGAGGACUAUGACAACAUUAUUAUAAUGCCGGCACAGAUUACAAGUUUUGGCUAUCUACAAGAACAAACUUCCCAAAUACAUAGCAUGGAAGAUGGACCUGCAUCAGAUGCAUUUGCUGAAAAUAUUGAAUGUUGCACAACAACUGCAAGGGGUGAAACACUAGACCCUGAGUUGGAGUUUGAUGUCAUCGAUGAUUUAAUAGUGCCUCAGAAUGCUUUAAGAUCAGAAAGCGUGAUAGAGGCUAAGGACAAAAUUGUUGUUGAUCUUGUAGUGCCAGCAAAUGGAAGUCAAGGUGUUUCUUCUGAUCAAGAGAGUGAGUGUGAGAAGCUGGUAAACACAACUACAUCUCUGAUCGACUCAAAAGCCGAAUUGCAAGAUCCCUCUGCUGAUCUUGAACCUAGCAAUGAUGCUUGUGAAGGUAAUGUGAUUGAGGCUGUUGAGUCUUUUGAACUUUCUGAUCCCAUACUCCUUCAAGAGUAUGCAUAUUUAGAAAAUGAUUUGUCUAGAGCAGUUUUAGGUGUUGUUCAACAAGAUGAGCUGUUUUCUGAUUACCAUCCACAUGAAAAUGUUGAAACUCAUAGCUUAGGAGACACUUUGUUAAAAAUAGUAAGUCAAGAAUCAAAAAGGGAUGAUGGUUCUGCUUCAGAUGGAUGUGUGGAACAGUUGAUGUCAGUUGACCUUGACCAGUUCAGGGAACACAUUUCAGCUCUCUCUAUUCUUUUGGGCUCCUCCAAAGGUUCUGAAAAGAAUUCUCUAGGAGAACAGAUUGUCAGGAGUUCACAUGGAGGAAUGAACUUAGCAAAUGAUGAUGUAAAAAGUCAAUUAAUCUAUGUUGAUGGUGGUGGUGAAUUAGAUGGCAAAGUUACAUUCACUUAUGCUGAUGAAUCUAGUGUUAUCUUUCUUAAAGAUCCAGCUUAUUUUAGUUCCUCACCGCAUUAUGAUGCUCAAAUUGAAUUCCAGCACAACAUUAGUGAACAGGAAGGGGAAACAAUACAGAAGAUACAGACUAUAAGUGUGAAAUUCUUGAGGCUUGUUCAGCGAGUAAAUUUGUCUUUUGAAGAUUCCUUGGUUUCAAAAGUUUUAUGCAGGUUGGUUGCGGAUAUCGGAAGGCGCUCACAUCAAGAAUUUGUCAUUAGCUCAGCAAAAAUAUCUGCAAUGAUGCUUGAAGAAGAUUGUCAAGAUGAUUUAGACUUUUCCUUGAACAUUCUAGUUCUUGGGAAAAGUGGGGUGGGAAAGAGUGCAACAAUAAAUUCUAUUUUUGGUGAUAUGAAGGUCAUGACCAAUGCAUUUGAACCUGCCACAACCUCUGUAAAAGAGAUUUCCAGAACUAUAAAUGGAGUCAAGAUUAGAAUCCUUGACACCCCUGGUCUCAGGUCCUCUGUGAUGGAGCAAGCUUUCAACAGAAAGAUUCUGUCAUCUGUAAAGAGGUAUAUGAAAAAGUUUCCUAUAGAUGUCAUUCUCUAUGUUGAUCGAGUAGAUGACCAAACCAGAGAUCUAAAUGAUUUACCAAUGUUAAGGUCAAUCACAAGAUCUCUCAGUCCUUCAAUAUGGCAAAAUGCGAUUCUUACUCUGACUCAUGCUGCUUCUACUCCUUUGAAUGGACCAUCAGGAUCCCCUCUGAGCUAUGAGCUAUUUGUUGCUCAAAAAUCCUAUCUUGUUCAACAAUCAAUGACCAAAGCAGUAGGUGAUCUUUGUCAGUUGAGUCCAAGUUUCAUUUGCCCAGUGUCCCUUGUCGAAAACCAUCCAUCAUGUGGAUCUGGUGACUGUGUGCUUCCCAAUGGUCUUAGAUGGAGAAGCCAAUUAUUAGCUUUGUGUUUCUCUCUUAAGAUCCUAUCUGAAGCGUCUUCUGCUCCAGGACCUCAAUCUCUUCUUGAUCAUUGGAAGCAAUAUUUUUUGGAGGACCAGCCUCAGCCUCUGUGCCAUCUAGUUUCUUCUUUGUUGCGGUCUCCUGCUCAUCUAAAAUUCUCUGCCAAUUGGAAGUGA